CACAGACACUCCCUGGCCUUCGUCCUCCUCACACUCUUCUAAUGUUAAACCAGACCUCAGACAAUGCCAGUGCCUCAACACUAAAUGGCUACACAAGCCCAUUGACAAAUGACAUUAGUGGUGAUGCUAUCAUCACAUCCGGUGGUAAAGAGAAGCGCUUCUCUUGUUCGUUCUGUGGGAAAGCCUUCAAUUUCCGCAAACAGGUGGAGAUCCACCAGAGGAUGCACACGGGGGAGAAACCAUUCGGCUGUCACCUGUGCCGGGCCAGUUUCUCCCACUCGUUCACCCUGAAGAGGCACCAGAGGGUCCACACAGGGGAGAAACCCUACACCUGCCCCCACUGUGAGAAGAGGUUCUCCCACCAGCACCAUCUGAAGAGGCAUUUGAAGGUCCACACAGGAGAGAGGCCGUUCGCCUGCACUCACUGUGGGAAGAGGUUCUCAGAUAGGAGCUACCUCAGGAUACACCAGCAGAAAAACCAUUCCACUCUAUAACAUAGAAAGUAUCCAUUCCACUCAAUAGUUUCUGACGUUUAGAUCAGACCCUGCAUUAAAGACAAAGAUACAUUUAUUGUUGUCAGCAGAAAAAUAUCCACAAAUGCAUUUGGAAUAACAAGAGUAAUAGAUUUCAGAUUUUCAUCCAGACAUUGUGUAAUAUACAGUGCCUUCAGAAAGUAUUCACACCCCUUGACUUUUUCCACAUUUUGUUAUGUUACAACGUGG